ACCAGACACGUUUCCAAGAUUUAAUCUUUGACUUGGACCACUUAUUGCCCUACCUAUCCCCUAAGCAGAUCGACGCCAAGGAGAUGGAUAAGGGACUGCUUUCUAGCCAAUGGACAAUCUGUCUCGUGAUAGGUCUUCUCUGAGAUGGUGUGCUGCAGACUGCAGAGCUCGAUGCUGCCUGCACCUGGGGAGUCAGAUCCCGAGGGGCAUGUAGUGUAAUGACGCUUGGCCGGCGCGAACCGCGACAAUAUCUUUUUAAUUCUUAAAGACGCCAUGGCCUUCUCUUUUACAUACAGUCUCGCAUCAACUAUGCCAUGGCAAUCCUCAACACAACGUCGGCUUUGGAGCUCCGUCAGGGCCGUGUCGUAACCCAGACAAUCACCCGGCCCUUCACCACCCUCAUCGCCAUCGUCACCCUCGGAGACGGCCCCACUUCACCACCACCGGCACCCGGCUCCAGCAUGCCGACCACAACAACAACGGCAGUCCCAACGGCGCCACCUGGCCCCGCUUCCGGGGGUUCUGCACCUUCAUCCUCCAUAACCCAGCAGCAGCUGGUCGGCAUCAUUCUUGGGACCCUCCUCGGCGUUUUGUUCCUCGUCCUCACCAUCUGGUGCACCCUGUCCUGGGCGCGCCGCAGGAGCCAGGAGGUUGAAUACAUGUUGGAGGAGGACGAAUACAUGAUGCGUGAGGGCGAGGUCAUGGCCGAGAUGGAGGACAUGCGCAGAACGCAGGCAUGGAACAGGGCGAGAGCGGCGGCCGCGACACCCAGCACGAGCACCUGGACGGCGGUGCCGCCGCCCGUGGCAUUCCCCCCGACACCGAGGCAUACCCCCUAUCGUCAGACAAGGCAUCCGCAGUUUCGAGGGACUUGGAGAUACCCGUGAGCAGGGAGGCGUCUGGGUUGCGAGCAGAAACUCGAGAUAUAUGGCGCUGAUUGGAACCGAGGACAUGCAGGCGGCUUAGUGCCAGUGGAAAUUAUUCUCUAUUCGAGGAUCUGAGGAACCACGAUAUGCCACUCCUCACCUCUCCUCACCGAAGGACCGAAAGCUAGAGUUGACGGAUUGACGGAUGUGAUUCACGGGGAAAGACCUGAGUUGAGGAUAUCAAGAGGGAGUGGACCACUACCAUAUGUCCA